AUGUCAAAGGACGUGAAGGAAACAGAGGGAGCGGGGCUUAAUGUGGGGGGCAUCCACCCUUCUGCAGUCUCCUGCCCCUCCUUCCGACCCAAGGGCGCUGACAUGAAGAAAGGGAAGAUCCAGGGCCAGGAGUUAUCACCCUACCAGCCUCCUUCCCCACCAGCACAAAGUGGCUUCCAUCGCUAACAGUUCUUCGUCUGUCUUCAGGAAGGAAAGACCAUCUCUCUCUUGCCUAAAGAAAACAAAACUCGAGGCUCUUGGAAAAUGGACAGAUUUCUGAGCUGCUUCCACCUGGGCGAACCUGAAGCCAGCAUCCAGUUCAUGACCCAAAAUUACCAGGACACGCUAAAUCACCAGGCUCCGGGAGGAAGCAGUGAGCCCAAGGACAAACCCGAGCUGAGAUAA